CAACCCGCCCCAUCUCGUGAGCUGUUUGACAUGGCGCGUAGCGCUCUCAUCUAGAGCAUCACACUGCAAGUCCGUUCGACGUUGCAAUCAACAACAGACCGCAUCGUCUGCAGAUUUCAAUCAAUUGAAAGCAGCCCUGCCAGCUAACCAACAUGGACAGCAAGCGGAAAAUGAGCUCCACAAGCGACGGCGACGCUCUCCUAUCAGGGGAAGAGGACGUUCCGCGCAAGAAAUCGAGGAAUUACUUGGACUCGCACAAGAGCAUUGAGAAGAAACGCAGAGAUCGCAUCAACAACAGCUUGACCACAAUGAAGGACCUCGUUCCUGAUUGCAAACAAUACGGGAGCAAGAAACUUGACAAGGCAGAAAUACUUGAAAUGUGUAUUGAGUACCUGAAGCGCGUGCACAAUCAUCUUGCUAGAUUGGGAGGUGGCGCGGACUCACUGGCUAUUAGUCCACGUGAGUUUGCCACAGAGAUAUCAACAUGGGUCCUCCAACAGAAGCCGCAUCACUCCAACCUUGAUGCAUUUAUCCAGGCGCUGCUGCUUCAUCUGUCUACAUACGGCUCUAUGUCUCAGUCACACAUGUUUGCUAGUGCAGCUGAUAUGUCUGAAAUGGUCAUGGCAUCUCCUGUAACCACUACGAUUUCUCUGGCAACACUGGGACAAACUGGUGAUUCUCAUGCUCUCCUUCAGGCUGCUCAGCCUUUCCCUCCACCAUAUGGAACAAAUGCUCCUAGGAUCCUUGAUCCUCCCCAUCGAAGUCAGAUGCAUCAUCCGAUUGCAUCCUCUGCUGGUCAGUUGUCGGUUGAUGAUGCAGUUACUGCACAAGAGAUAUGGAGAAACACACAAGCUAUGAUACAGCAGCAGCAGCAGCAACAGCAGCAGUAUGCCACUCAGUCACAGGAUCAACAUGAUCUGACAAAUCCACAAUCUCAUCAACCACCCCCACUGGUGGCUGCACCAGAAGCUUUGAUGUCCUCAUUGGCACAGAGCACUGUGGUAAAGCCUGAGAUAGAUGUUCACAAUAAGGGCAACACUCAACCUCUUCACCACCUGACCAUGCCUCAGCAUUACCAACAAAUGCUGGUGAUACAACAACCAAGCAUGCGCCCUCUUCACUACCCAGUAACCAGCGAAGCUGACAAUCAACAUCAAAUCCAACAACUACUACAGCAGAGCUAUGUGGCUAAUGGAAAACACACACAAUCUCAAGAAAUCCAGAUGACAGCACAGGAUAUUGUCCACCAAAACAUACGGCAGCAGAUGUUAAUAGCCCAAGGAACACCAACGACAACAAAAGACAAAAAUCUCAACACAAGCAAUCCCCUCCCAGUGCAAGGAGUUGCAACCCUUACCGAGGAACUGAUAGACAGUGGUCCAACAGAUCAAUUUGGAACUAGCAGUCGGGUAGUUGUCCCAGCCUCGGAGAACAUCCAAUGGGAACCUUCAGGAGUUGCUAUGGAAACAACAAUCGAGGCAGGUGCCAAUCAACCCUCCACUCCCGGAAGUAGCAACUCAAAAAGUGGAGAUCUUCACAAGCAGUCUGCUAACAUGCUUCUGCUGCUGUCCAAAAACGAAGGUGAAACACAAGAUAAACAAUCAGUUGAAUCAACCUCUACCCCUGUUGAAUGACUAAGAGAGACUUCUUGUUUGCACUUUAAGCUGCGUUUGUAUGUCAAAAUGUGAGUCUAGUUUUGUAUACCAAUGCUGGUUUGCUGGCAAUUUG